AUGUUCCCGACGGUGCGUGUCUCAUUCGCGGGAUGCCGCGCAGAGGCGCGUUACGGCGUUCUACUAGACGUGGUGCCCGUGGAUGGCAAACGCUACCGCUACGCCUACCACCGCUCGUCAUGGCUGGUGGCGGGCAAAGCGGAUCCCCCCGCGCCCGCGCGUCUCUACCCGCACCCUGACUCUCCCUUCUCGGGCGACCAGCUGCGCAAACAGGUCGUCUCUUUUGAGAAGGUCAAACUCACCAACAACGAAAUGGACAAAAACGGACAGGUAUUUACGCUUAUUAUAGCUAAUUACUUUAUAUUGUAUUGGUCUAAAAAGUAUCCUAUAAAGUUUAUGGAGUCCUCAUAA